AUGCGUCGUCUAUUUCAUCAUAAGCCGGAAAAUGCUCCGGAGGACCACGGAAUGGGUACUUCCGAGAGUUCCAAUCCAACUGAAAAAACUGUUCAUUUCUCUGAUCACCUAGAAGUUCGUACGGAGGAGGACGCCGAAUCCCCGACCCCAGACCAACAACAACGUCGCAACUCGGCAUCCGGCAGACGUCCAUCGUUCCUCGCUCAAAUGCGAGACCUGAUUCAUCCACGUAGCGGGAGUUUUGGAUCUAGUAUGUUCCGUCGUCCAGAAGCCACGCGUCGCGUUCAAGUAGCUGAGUGCAACGUGGAAGCUGUGUACGACUUGCGCGAUAAACAUGCACACUUCUACGACGAUGACAGCGGAUUCAGACGACCCAGAUCGAAUAGUUCGGAUUUGUUGAUCCUCAGAAAGACGUCGAGACCGAUCUCGUUCAAUGUGGUUGGAGUUAUUGACCAAAAAACCGAUCCAUAUCAUCAGUAUAUGUCAGUGGUGGAUGUCUACGAACUAUGCCCGAACAACUCGAAAAUCAUCAUCAUCGACGCGAAGACUCCAGCCACUCGCGCGUUUCGUGUCAUGCGUGAUAACAACAUCACCACACUCAUCGUCUGGGAUACCAGUGACACUGAACGCGUCCGUCGAAACAUUCUCACUCUUACCGAUUGUCUCCGUGCGAUUCGAGAUGAAAAGAAACCAAUGCUAGGCCCAGAUCUUACUGCCUGGGAUAUUCUAUCUGAGAAUGAAAAAAAACUGGUCAGCGUCUCAAUCUCUUCGAAGAUUUCGGAACUUUGCGAGGAGCUUCAUCAGAAUAGUUUGCAUCGUGUCAUCGUGCUGGAUGAUCACAAAGAAGUCGUCAGUAUCAUAUCUGUUCGACGUGUUCUGAUGGCUAUUCAUAAGCAGAAUCGAUCCAUUCAUUUUGCUCAAUGGCUCUCCAAACCAAUUGGAAUGUCAGCGAUUGGAACUUGGGAGGACGUGUGUGUGAUUGGAAGAGAUGAGACUGUCUACAGAGCAAUGGAGGAGAUGCUGGAUCGUCAUUAUUCAGCUCUUCCAGUUGUCGACGCAAAUCAGAAUGCCAUCGGCGUUAUCACGAAAACCGACAUCUGCAAAGCGUUGCCGCGUAACUUCAUCGAACCGAAACGCUGGCUGCAGGAGACUACUGUAGCUGAUAUGUUGCACAUUUGCAAGAGUGAACUGUUCAUUAGCUCGGCAGACAGUGUUGGACAAGUUCUGGACACAUUGCUCAAUGCUGAUACUCAGAGUGCAUUCGCCAUUCAUAACAAUAAGGUGAUCGGCGUUAUCUCUCUCACUGACUUCCUCACUCACAUUCUUCGCUCUCCAUUGGCCACCACCGACGAGGAACCACCACAACCAGCGAUGCCGCCAACCCCGGAAUCCAACUCGAGUAGCACCGAAAACAUGGCUCAUAAAUUGUAA